CAGAGAAGUUAUUUUUAAAAAGUUUUUUAAGUAACUGAUUUUCUUUUUUUUACCCCAAGGGUGAUAUUAAAGUGGGUAGAAAUCUCACUGCUACUACCACAGUUGGUAAGAAAGUAUUUUAAAUAGUUAUAGGGGGGAAUGUUGUGUAUGACUGCACAGUAUACAUGUUGAUGCUUAUGUCCAGUUGGGGAGUUUUGCAUUAAAACUAAGGAGAAAGUUUGGUUUGUAUUUAAAAUAAUGUCAGUGCAAUGAGAUAUCUCAGGUUGGUGCAGGCAUGACAGAAUGCCACUGUCACAGCCGUUAGCAAUCACACAUGCCAGCCUAGGAGUUAAAAGCUAUCUCCUGUUUCCUUAGGAAUAUGUAUGCCCUCUGAUCACAGUCAUUUCCAUCGAGGGGAAAUAGAGGAAACCAUUAUUGAAAGCUUUGGUAAUGAUCACAGCAUCCUGGAUGGGUACUCCAGAAGAACUACACUGUCUUCAAAAAUGUAUCAUACCAAAGGACAAGAAGGUUCUGUCUGUCUCCGAUCAUCAGACUGUGCCACAGGGUUGUGUUGUGCUAGACAUUUCUGGUCCAAGAUCUGUAAGCCUGUCCUCAAAGAGGGUCAAGUGUGCACCAAGCACAGGAGAAAAGGCUCCCAUGGGCUGGAGCUAUUCCAGCGUUGUUACUGCGGAGAAGAUCUAUCUUGCCGGAUACAGAAAGAUCACCAUCAAGCCAGUAACUCUUCCAGGCUUCACACUUGUCAGAGACACUAAGCCAGCUGUCUGAACACAGUGGACUCCUUUUAUACAAUAUAUGCUAUGAAAACCUUGUGUGACUUUUGUCAGCUCCAUCCUAAAGGAUGUGCAAAUUCUGUGGUUACAGUUAAGCAUUCCAAUAAUACCUUCUGAAAAUCUGGAGUGUAAGAGCUUUUUGUUUCAUUAUGGAACUCCACUGUCAUUGAUUGCAGUAAAUUACUGUGUUGUAAAUUCUCAGUGUGGCACUUAGUUGUAAAUGCAAAAAAACUUUUUAAUUAUUUUUCUAAAGGUGCUGCAUUGUCUAUUGUUCCUUUUGUUAUGUAAAUUUUUGUACACAUUGUUAUCUUGACUGCUAAAUUUUCUCUGUUGAAUGGAAAUAACUUGUUUAUACUUCCUAAAUGCAUAAUCCUGUCCCCUUUUAAUUCUAGAAUCUAGAAUGCACGGAGCUUGCUGAAUGACAAAUGAUAAGGUAUCUAAAGUUGAUCAAGAAAAUUCUAGCUUAUUUUCUGAACUAUACUAUCUCAGUGCUUAUAUUUAUCCCUAGCCUGUGAUAGUCUUUUAAAUAAAAUUUAAAAUUUAAUACCGUGAAAUGUUAUAGGUAAAUUUUGGCAUUGUGAUCUUUAGGAGGGCCUGUGUCUGUAUGUGUUCUUUAGGACAGAAAUGUGACAUGUUUAAAGAAGAUCAGAGAAAGAUAUUUCAAUGUAAGAAUUGAUCAAUUCAAGAGUAAUAUUAAAGAAAAACAUGUUCACCAUUGACAAACGUAAACGAUCACAGUGUAGGAGACUGACUCUUACAUUACUACUUUCAAAAUAGUUUCCAACAAAUAAAAUCUACCCACAUGGUUAAUAACUCUUGGGCAACAAAGGAAAUUUCCACAUAAGUAAUACCAGAGCAAGUAUUUGGUGGUUCGCAGGAAGCGGGUGUGCACAUGUGUAAAUGCAGUUGACAAAAAUGCAGACUUUGUCCUAAGUUAGUUAAUUUGAAAUAUCUUAAAUACUACUUCAUGCCAGGACGACUUGUUCUCAUUACUUUGAUUUUAAAAUAAUUAUUAAAU